ACGGUAAAUACGAAGCAGAAUGAGGCAGAAAGGAGCCAUGAUUCACCUAUCAGUUCAGCCUGUUAUGCGAGUCACGUCAAGAGAAGCAGGACGACACACUAGUGCCAGUUUAUCUGAAAGGGAAAAAAGCGAUAGAUCGCUGAAAAGAAAACAUGUACACAUUUAGAGCAAAUAUACUAAAUAACAUCCUCAUGUGUUUAAUCAUUUCAGAUCUAUCUUUUGUCAUCCAUAUAUAUCCCCUUUCAUUAUCAUGUGAAGGGCUAUAAUAGCCAGUCCCGCUUUUAACUUUAUCCCGCUGCCCCGGGUUGUGGACUUAAUGUCCCUCUUCACUGGGGCUCUUCCUGGGUGGGGUUUUUUUUUACCGAAGUCUCGCGAGAAGAGACUUUAACCGUGACGUCACGAGCAGCUUUAAUGAGACGCCUAAUAUUUCACAGCUGAGUUGUAUUCGGACGGAUUUGCUGAGAAGUUUACAGAGCUAAGCUUGUGUGUAUGACCGGGUCAUCUGGCACUCAUCCGCCUCUUGAUUGCUGUCUUCUAACUUGAACGGAGUAGGGAGGGCUGACAGCUGAGGGGGAGGAGCCAGGACCCAUGACAGAGGGUUGACUCUGCAUUUCUCUGCCUUAACUUGUGGUCUCUGUGCUGCUGUCUUGUUAUACUGUUUGGCUGGAUCUGCUACAGCUUGUCUGCAGUUUUUGUAACCGCACAGCUGGGCGUGACAUGGCAUAGAAGACAAGAUUCUGUGACUGGAGUGUUACACUAAACUGUGGCACAUGUGAAUUGAGGCAACACUGCUUUAUGUUCUUGAUAAAGCAAAUUUAUAGAAGAAGGAGACUCAAAGAGAGACAAUCAUUCCGUGAGAACAAUCAAGAGAUUUAAUGCAGUGACAGUAUAUUACCUAGAGUUCCUAAAAUGCGCAUUUCAGUACUUUUCAAAAGUCCUUAUUUUCACUUUUCUUUAUUCUUUUUCAUAACUUUUUCCUUGGCUUACUUUUGUUUUCGUGGCUUUCUCUUUUCCCCCUUCUUUUCCCGUUCUCUUUAUCUUAAACAAAUGAGUCAUGAAUUCCUCUCACAGAACUUGCAUGACGGUGCUGUUGCUCUGGAAUACUUUCACCAGCGACUAUUUCAGUCAUUUUCACAGGUUGGAAAUAAGGCUUCCGCUACAAAAAAUUACACUUUUCCAUGUACUAACAAACCAGUGGUUCCUCUCCUUCCAUCUAUCCCCAGUGAACGCAUCUUUCUUGUCACCACCAUCAUAACCACACGGCGUCAGGCUGAGUACCAUUACCUUCUGCAGGUUGCACACAACUUUCUUGAGCGACUGUCAGAGUGUGGCCCAAACUGUUAUGGUGUUCACCUUUUUAUUUGCAAUGUCGACCUUUAUCCAGCUUCACAUGAAGAUGCUUGCCUCCUUUCUCAGCUCCUGCCCUCUGUGAAACGCCAUGUUGAGGGACAAGAAGAUGAUUCUCCAAAUAUCUUUGAACGUGAGAAGCAGGAUUACUCUUUCUGUCUGUCAAGUACACUGAAGACUUUUAAUCCGGAAUAUGUUCUGCUAAUUGAAGAUGAUGCAGUACCAGAAGCAGACAUAUUUAGUGCCUUUUUUGAACUAGUGCAUGUGCGAUUUCCUCAGGAACCUUUAGGGGGUGGCCUUUAUGCUAAAUUAUAUCACCCGGAACGCCUGCAGGGCUAUCUAAACCCAGAACCCAUGCGUAUUCUUGAGUGGUUCGGAUUGGGUUCACUAAUAGGGCUUGCACUGAAUUUGGCAUAUACAGUACUAUUUUUACAAUCAAAGUUUAGCUGGCGUCCUUUUAUGAUAUUCACUGUUUAUUCAAUGUUGAUGGCAGAAUUGUUUGGGCGUCAUUACAUUCUAGAACUAAGGCGAAUUUUACCAGGCCUAUACAACGUUGUACCUGCAACAGAGUGCUGCACUCCUGCUAUGCUGUUUUCUGAAGCAUCUGCCCGUAGGACUUUGGUGUACUUGGAUGAAUUAACUUGCAAAGCUGGAUAUGCCAAGGAUAUAGCAUUAUACAGGGAACUGGGCAGAAGGGGUGAAUGGGCAUGGGCCAUUGAACCUAAUAUGGUAAAGCAUGUUGGGUUGUUUUCCACACUUAGGGGGUCAUUUGAUAAUACAGAGCCACAGCUGUUGUGAUUGACAUUCUUUGCACUAAAAAGAGCUGUUGAGAAUUACCUUGACCCAUUUAUUAAUUUAUUACCGGAAACAUGUUUUACCUUGUCACAUAUUUUCUUGCAUAGCAUGUAGAGGCCCUAAAAUUUAAGCAAUUUCUCAGGUGAAAUUUUACAUCAUAUUAUCGAAUACAUGUCAAUAUGUAUCAUGUAGGGGCACAAAAAUUAAAAUAGGACUUAGGAACUAGCAUGGCUGUCAUUUCAGCUACUGCAAAAUCAGCACAUACCGUAUACUGCAAUUAAUGUGGGGUAAAACCAUAAAAAGUUAGUUCUUCCCAGAAAGCCAUAUAUUUUUGUAACGUACACAUUCUCUUGAAUCCAAAAUGAGUAAAUGUUUUUCUACAGCAAAGUGCAAACCUUUCGGAAUGUAUGAGUUGAUUACAUUUCUGAAAAUAUUCUGAAAACAUACAUUUCUCAGCAUCUAUGUAUUAAGUGCCAAAAUCAAAUCCUAAAAGACAUGCGCAUAUAUUUACCCAAAGACAUUUGGUAAAUAUAUGCAUAUUUGGCAUCAAAGUAUGUGCCAUGUACAGACCCAAAACUAUACCCUGUGCAUACUAAUUUCUUGUCCAAUAUUCAACUAUUUUCAUUACACACUGCCUGUUUUAUUUGUGAUAAAAGCAGCAAAAAAAGCAUAUUUUUUUUAGAGUUUUACCCCUGUAUGUGGCAUGUAGAGGCCCAAAAAAUUAAAAUACUACAUUUGAAUUCUCUUGGUUAACACUUUGCAUAAAAUGUGUCGUAAAACUCUCCCUAAUAGUAAGAAGGCCCUAAAAAAACACAUUUUUAGAAAGUAUACAUUCCCCCAAAUCCAAAAUGGCUAAAUAUAUCUAAAAGCUAAAUGUAGCAAUAUAUAUGUAUCUACUGACUAAUUACCUUCACUGUUUGUACACACAAAUACCACACAUGGUACUAUAAGACUACUGUGAGUCACUGUUUUGACCUGGGUGCGGAUACAUAAAACAAAUUUUGUUGAGGAAUUGCAUUCUUUGGGGGAGUCGGCACUCUCGUCGCUAGGUUCAACUUGCCUGGGUGCAGUGUCCAAAAUUUUUGAAACAAUUAUUCAGUAAAGAAGGUCCGCACUCUCAGGACUUAAAAAUGAAAUAAUGUUUUAUUAACGAAAGACUAACGUUUCGGCCUCUCCGAGGCCUUUCUCAAAGUAACAACAGACAAUUAAAAUUGCAUUAAAUACC